GCCAGUGCAGUAAGAGCCCGCCUCCUUAUCCAGGACAUAAAACCUCCCCCAGCAGGCAGGCAUUCAUCUGCUCUCUCUCAGAAAAGUCUCUGCAGGAGCCAUGGCUACGUUUGUGGAGCUCAGUACCAAAGCCAAGAUGCCCAUUGUGGGCCUGGGCACCUGGAAGUCUCCACCAGGCAAAGUCAAGGAAGCUGUGAAGGCCGCCAUCGAUGCUGGUUAUCGCCACAUUGACUGUGCCUACGCCUAUCAGAAUGAGAGUGAAGUAGGGGAAGCCAUCCAAGAGAAGAUCAGAGACAGGACUGUGAAGCGGGAGGACCUCUUCAUCGUCAGCAAACUGUGGCCCACCUUCUUUGAGAAAAGCCUGGUGAAGAAAUGCUUCCAGAAAACCCUCUCGGAUCUGAAACUGGACUAUCUGGACCUGUAUCUAGUUCACUGGCCACAGGGGUUCCAGGCUGGGAAUGAGAUAUUCCCCACAGAUAGUAAAGGCAAACCUCUCAUGAGUAAAUCCACAUUCUUGGAUGCCUGGGAGGGCAUGGAGGAACUGGUGGACGAGGGGCUGGUGAGAGCCCUGGGUGUCUCCAACUUCAACCACCUGCAGAUCGAAAGGCUCCUGAACAAGCCCGGACUCAAGCAUAAGCCAGCGGUUAACCAGAUCGAGUGUCACCCAUACCUAACCCAGGAGAAACUGAUCCAGUACUGUCACUCCAAGGGCAUUGGCAUCACAGCUUACAGCCCCCUGGGCUCUCCAGACAGACCUUAUGCCAAGCCAGACGACCCUGUAGUACUGGAGAUUCCCAAGAUCAAGGAGAUUGCUGCAAAGCACAAGAAAACAGUAGCUCAGGUUCUGAUUCGGUUCCACAUCCAGAGGGAUGUGGUGGUCAUCCCCAAGUCUGUGACGCCCUCCCGCAUACUUGAGAACUUUCAG